AUGGCAUUAGUAGGUAAAGACGCACAAGUAGAAUUUGACAAUAAAUAUGGGGCAACGAAAACAACGGAGACAAAAUUAGAAUUUAAUGGCACUGAAAUUAAUUUUUCCAAAAAUUUGAUGGAUGGAUUAAUUAUUAAAAAUUGCCCUAAAUUGAAAAAAAUUAAUAUUAACGACAAUGAAUUUUUAAGAGUAGAUCUUAGUGAGUUAGGAGCAAGCAAUGUCCUAGAAGAUUUAUUUGCAAAUGGUAACCAACUCACAGAUCUUAAUGUUAAAAAUUGUAAAGAAAUUAAAAAGUUGAAACUUCGCAAUAAUGCUGGACUCAAUAAGGCUAAAGGUUUAGAGGAGUUGGAAAAUAUCGACGAAAUUGACUUAACAGGUAAUCCAAAAUUCCGACUUAUUCACACCAACAAAUUGAACGGAUAUGUAGAAGCAAAAGAGGUCAUCAAGGAAAUGUUAGGUUUAAAUGCUGAUGACAGUUUGCCAGAUUCAGUAAGAGUAGCCUCUGGCGGUAAGUUAGAUCCUGACAAGUUAAAAAGUGAAAUAACGAAUAAAAUUAAUUCCCAAGUUCCCCAAUUAACCACCGACAAAGAAAACGCCGAAAAAGAACGGGAUGCCGCCAAUGCUAAAUUAGACGCCCAAAAAGAUUACGAUACUAUUAAAACGGAACGCGAUCAAUUACAACAGCAAUUAGAGGCCAUAAAAACUGAAUUAGGUUUAAAAAACGAUGCUACUCAGCAGCAAAUUAUUGAUAAAAUAAAAGAAUUAAAAGGAAGGCCAGCCAAUACCGAUUAUGAUGCUAUUAAAUCCCAACGAGAUAGUUUACAAACCCAA